ACAAAUGAGUGCGUCCAAUAUUUCGUACAUGACGGUUUUGAAAUUGCUCAACGACGAAAAGGUUGAUCUGCCUGUAUUUUACGGAAAUAUUUAAAUAUUUUAUUGAUUAUCGUGUCCAAAACGAAUAAAAAUUGUCAGAAAACUUGUGUGUGCCACAAACAAGUUGAAUUUGUUUUCCAGUUUGUUUUGUUCCCACAACAACUGUUGCUAAUAUUUCUUCAUGUACAUUCUCUACACCUUGUUAACGAAACAGACAAAAUGAUCGAGCCUCAGCUAAUUAAUCAUUGUAAAGGACACCGUGACACCAUCACGAACGUUGCUUUCCAUCCAACCACAAACAAAAUCGCUUCUUCGUCACUGGACAGUUCUGUGCACCUGUGGAACUUGGAUGGUUCGGUUCGAUGUUAUAAAUUCAGCGGCCAUGGUGACGCUGUGAAUUGUGUCAAUUGGUCACCCAGUGGCGACUUGAUGGCUACGGCCAGUUCUGAUCGAACAGUACGAAUAUGGAGACCUACAGUGCUUGGAUCGUCUUCACAAUUCUACACUCAUACAUCAGCUGUUCGGUAUGUGGAUUUCAGUCCGAGUGGCAGUAAGCUGGUAACAGCCUCCAAUGACAAACAAAUAAAGCUGUGGUCUGUUGCCAAUAAGAAGUUCAUAUCUAGUUUCACCGGCCACACCAACUGGGUGCGCUGUGCUCGAUUCUCGCCGAACGGCAAAGUGAUCGCUUCCUGUUCGGACGACCGAACGUUCAAGCUGUUUGAUGUUAAAAGUGGAGAUGUUAUUGAGUCGUUUAGCGAUUCGAAAGGUCAUGCCUAUCAACAUUGUGCAUGGCAUCCCGAUGGGACAUUGAUUGCAGUCGGAACGACCAAUAACCGUGUGAGAAUCUACGACAUCCGAAACCGAAAUCUAAUUCAAAUGUACGACGUACAUGCUGCGGCUGUCAACCAAAUCGAUUUCCAUCCGUCCGGGAAUUUUAUGCUGAGCGUCAGCGAUGACGGUACGACGAAAAUUCUGGAUUUGUUGGAAGGACGACCGAUAUUUACGGUAAAGGGUCACGCCAAGCAGGUUUCUGCUGUUCAAUUCUCUAAAGAUGGGAAAAUAUUCGCUACUGGCGGCAAGGAUAAUGAGUUGAUGAUAUGGAAGUGGGAUAUUGAAGCUAAGGUCGAUAAUGCGUCGGAUAGUCUCACAAAUAUAUCUGGAAUUCAACCGUUGGAAGAAGUAGACGACACACCUCAACUGGACAACAGUAUUAUUGUAGAGAAAACGGGACGUAAUUUUAGAGACUUUGAUAGAGUUGACUUCGAGACGGCCUAAUAAUUUAUUUAUGAAUGUGGUGGAUGUGCUCGUACGGUUGUUGGGUCAUGUAACUUUCUCUCGGUAUUAUAUUUGCUCUUGUACAAAA